UUAUCUUUCCCUCCCGAGUUCUCUUCUUCCCGCCAUUCUCUCCCAAGUAAAUAUUCUAUUUGAUUGUCUUUUUCGACUACUAAACAAAUCAGAAAAAGAAAAAACAAAUCAUUCCCCGAAGUCCGAAUAAGUUAGAAAGCAAAACCCAAAACCCAGAAAUUUUGUCCAUAGAGGCGGAGAAUGGGCAUCAAAGAUCUUCUCAGAUUCAUGAAACCCUACAUUCAACCCAUUCACAUCAAGAAAUAUGCCGGCAAGCGCGUGGGUAUUGAUGCUUAUUCAUGGCUUCACAAAGGAGCUUAUUCGUGUAGUAUGGAGCUAUGUUUGGAUUCAAAGAGUGAAACCAAAUUGAGAUACAUAGACUACUUUAUGCACCGAAUAAAUCUGCUUCGGUUCCACAAGAUAACCCCAAUUGUUGUUUUUGAUGGAGGUAGUAUUCCGUGUAAGUCAGCGACCGUCCAUGAACGGCAGAGGAAAAGAAAAGCUAAUCGUGAAUCGGCAAUGGCAAAGCUUGAAGAAGGGGAUGUUAAUGCUGCCACUGAGCUCUUCCAGAGAGCGGUGAAUGUCACUCCGUCCAUGGCCCAUCAAUUGAUUCAGAUUUUGAGAUCAGAAAACAUCGAAUUUGUGGUAGCUCCAUAUGAGGCCGAUGCCCAGCUAGCAUAUUUGUCCAGCAUUGAGGCAGAUAAAGGUGGAAUAGCAGCUGUAAUAACUGAGGAUAGUGAUUUGAUGGCAUAUGGUUGCCAAGCUAUUGUUUUCAAGAUGGACCGGUUUGGUAAUGGGCAAGAAAUAUUGCUACACAAUGUGUUUGAUUCUGUGACUUGUUCUCCUUCCUUCCGACACUUUGAUAAGGAAUUGUUCAUAGGUAUGUGUGUCUUAGCCGGUUGCGAUUUCCUGCCUUCUGUUCCUGGAAUUGGAAUUGCAAAGGCCUAUUCUUUGGUUUCAAAGUACCGCAAUUUAGACCGUGUUUUAUCAGUUUUGAAGAGCAGACAAAUGCCUGAAGAUUACUCAAAAUCUUUCAAAGAGGCGCUCGCAGUCUUCCAGCAUGCCCGAAUAUAUGAUGCUGAGACUAAGAUGAUCAAACACAUGAAACCUCUCUCACAACAGCUCCUACAGUCUCUAGAUGGGGAGCUUGAUUUCUUGGGACCAGAAAUCCCUGCUUCAUUGGCAAGUGCAAUUGCUGAAGGGAAGUUAGAUCCAACCAACAUGGAGGCCUUUGAUUGUUCUUCAAGUCCUGAACGUUGUCCAUACCCCUUUGUCACUGAAACUUGUGGGGUUCAGAAAAACAAAACUGCUGCUGCAUCCAGGCGAAACAGAAGCAACAUAGUUUCUUCUUCUCCUACUGUCGAAAAUAAUAUUACAGGUCAAGUACAAAAGCAGGAAUGGAUUUCAACUGAAAGCAAGUAUUUGAAUGAAGAUGUGGCACUUGAGAAACUAAUUAUGCUAUCAGAAAGUCAUGGAAAAGUAGAAACCAUGACGACGCCUCACAAUAUUUCAUUGAAGACUCCGAACAACAAUCCAUUCAAGAAAAAGAAAGCCGAUGUAUGCAAGUUGGAAGAGGAACUCAGUUCUGCUGAAGAAAUCUCACUCUUGACCGGAAACGAGGAUCAGGAGAUUUUGUGUAUUGCACAUGAUGAGAUAUUAUCAAAGAUUCACUUCAAUCAUUCGAAAAGGAAAAGGAAACACAAGGAGAUUCACUUAGAUCAUUCAGAUAGCAACGGCCUACAACUAUCAGUGGUUACCGAGGAAGAAAAUUUAGAAAGGGUGAAGGUAGAAAAUACUGACGUCUUGUGUGGUACCACUGAGUCACAAGAAAGUGUAAAUUCUAAGCCUAAAAGGAUGUCAGAUGACAAACCGGCGAAAAACCAGAAAUCAAAGAGAAGUAAUCCCAAUGGUUCAGAGAAGAAGAAAAACAGUAUCUUGAAUUUCUUUUCUCCUUUGUAAUGUCUUAUAUGACUUUUGAGUUUAAUAUUAUUCUUGAUUGGAUUGAACAUUUGGCUUUCUCCCUGAACUAUUCUUCAGAUUGAAUUGAUUAUAGAAUUGUCAUAAGUUUAUGAAUCAAAGAAAGAAGGAUUUUUCAUUGAAA